GCAAGUGCUACCACUUAUACGGAAGGCUUAGCCCGCCCGCUAGACUCAACCGGUGAUCCUGUCUGACAAUUGUUCCACAAGCUUCGCAUAAGCGAGUACACCCAAGCCGCGAAAUGAAACUUAGGCAGCAGAGAGAGCCUGAUUUAUUUUCCCCUGAGGAGCUUCAACAUCCCCAUCUCACGACACUGCGCCAGCUGCUGUCAUCUGGGCAUCAUGUCCAGACUCCUGCUCAACAAGCCGGUGUGGAGAAUAUGUGCCACCGCCGUGGUGGCUGUUUUGUGCAUCACUCUAUUACUGACAGGAUGGAAUUCGUAUUACCGCAAGAGACCUACCUACUUUGUCCCUCCUGAGACUGUGGGUAGCGAGCUGGAACACAAACCGGACCACGUCGACAGUGUCGCCCCAGGAGAUGAGCCUGCCACCAUAACGUUGCCUGGAUCCAUUUCAUCGGAUACACCAGCAGCUCCCGCAAGCCACCAGCAGACGGACGAUCAUGGCCUUUCAGCUGAUGCGGCGGCUAAUGCAACUCUCGGUGUAGCCGAACUGAUAGUCAUCAACAUGCCCGACCGGACCGACAAGCGCGACCGAAUGACCCUAAUGGGCUCCUCGACAGGCCUCCGCUUCACCUUCCUCCCCGGCGUCGACGUCGCCAACGUCCCCGAUUCCGCGAUGCCGCCCGGCGCUAAAGGGUGGACAGGCAAGGUCCGCGCAUCCUGGCGUGCCCACAUGGACGCACUGUGGUAUAUUGUGCAGAACAAUCUCACCUCGGCCAUCAUCUUCGAGGACGACCUGGACUGGGACGUGCGGAUCCGCGAACAGGCCCGCGAUUUCGCCCUGGCGAGCCGUGCGCUGCUGCAGCCGCUGGCCGGGAGGAAGGACUUUGCGGACCCGACGUACCCGACGGUGCAGGAAAAGGACAAGGAACUCGACCCCCCGCCUCUCAACUUCAACCAGCUCCCCAAGACCCAGGACCCAGCCACGUCGCCGUACGGUGACGGCUGGGACGUGCUCUGGCUCGGCCACUGCGGCGUGCAGCAGCCCACGGGAAACCCCAAGAACCAGUGGGCCGAGCGGUCACGGCACAUCUCACGCGGCGCGGUGGUCAGGGAGAAAGACGACACCGUCCCGCAGCCCAGCAACAUCCACUCCUGGGACGACGGCGGCCACGCGCGUUUCCGCGACUCGUACCCGGCGCACACGAGGGUCACGCACCACGAGCUCGACGCCGUGUGCACGUUUGCGUACGGGGUGUCGCAGGCUGGUGCGCGGCGGAUACUGUACGACCUGGGCCUGUGGAAGAUGGACGACCCCUUUGACCUCGGGCUGCGGCAGUUCUGCGACGGCACGUUUGAGCACAAGCGGCAUGUCUGCCUGACGACGCAGCCGAGUCUGUUCUCGCACUUCACAAAGCAGGAGGGGAGCGAUCUGGACCAUGACAAGACGUGGAAUAUUCGGUGGAGCGCCAGGGAGAACUUGGUCAAGUUGAUGGACGGCCAGGAUGAUUAUGACGAUCAGUGGCCGGAUACACUGUGGAGGGCUUAGCUUGGUUAUCACGACUUUCGGAUGUCUAAUUUUAUCUUGUAUCCCUAGACCUAAUUAUGGAGCGGAUAGUGUCAUAGAAGAAACACGUAAUCCAUUGCUGUUUUCUCUGCGUGGUCGCAAAUUUACAACACAUACUGUUUAAGGAGCUAUGUAUCUAUAAAUUGAAGUGUGAGGCGUGAUAGAUGACUAUAAACAUAAAGGAUUCUUUAUGACUGCACAUGGUCCGCGAUGCUGCAUCAUCUAGACCACGGCGCUGUGGAUUUGUUGGGACUCAUGUUAUGUAGGUAGCCCAGUCGGCAUGCAAUAUCUGCACCUUUGGCCAUCCUUCCCAGCGCUGGGAAUUGUUUUGGUCUAUUCUAGAAAUAAGGUCCGUGGCGGUGUUUACCAGCCGAAGCUAGC